AUGCAGUCAUCUCGCUUGCAGUCCAUCGCCUCCCGCUUCUCGCCAAGCACACUACGCACCACCUUCCGCCGCUCGUCAUCUGCCUCCUCUCGUGCAAGCAGCGACCGGGGCUCAUACGCCACCACAUCAUCGUCUCCCGUUAGCACCAUCAACAGUAUCGUCUUCCGCCAGCCCUCGAUGCUUGACCUCGAAGAGGAACGCAAGAGCUUCGGCAGCGAGCUCGACAUCCUCGAGCCGCGCCCCAUUGUCUACUUUGGCAGCGUUGAAGAGCGCAUUGGGUCACUAUGA